AUGGGAAGGGACCACCAAGACCUGCUGGCAAAGACACGACCGCCAACCAGACGCCGGGGCGGGCUCCCACGCCAAACCCCGCCGGACUCACGCCAGGUUCCUAGCCAGGCAAGGGCCCCGCACGGCCGCGUCCCCGGCCCAUCUGACGCGUUCCUCGCGCACCGCCACCACGCAGUCAUCCUCCUGCAGCCCGCGCGAGCGCGUCACCGCACCCGGCCCGCCGCCCGGAUGGCACCGCGGGGACCUCCGGCCCGGCGGCGCCACACGGCGUCUAGCGCGGACCCUGCGCCCAGGAGGGACGCGGGCGUGCGGGUCCCGGAGGCACCGGCUCCCUCCCAGGAGCGCAACGUCCCCUCCCCGCGGUGCAGCCUGUCCUGGGGACACAGUCGCCUAUUCCCGGGCGCACCGCCCUCCCCGGGUCGCGGCGUCUCCAACCGGGGCCGCAGCUUCACCCCAGGGGCGCAGCCUCUCCUCCUGGGCCCAGGGACCCCUUCGCGGGCGCAGCCUCUCCUCCGGGGGGUGCAGCUCCUCUACCCGGCCGCAGCUCCGCUCCCCCGGCCGCAGCUCCGCUCCCCCGGCGCGCUCUCCCCAGCGCUGCGCUCCCACGCGGAUGCGGACCAGCCCGGAGGCUGGCGCGGUGCGCCUGUUCCUCCGACCGUGGAGACGCAGCCCUGGCCGCUGCUUUCCGAGCGAGCGGGCUUCGGGCGGCCAGCCCUGCGCAGCGUGCACCCCAUCAACCCGGGCCCCACGCCUUGCCUGGAAGCGGCCCCGCUUUCUGGCGCCCGCCCGCGGAGACUUGAGUCCAGGAGGCCGACCGGCCGCGACCGUCCUCCCGCACGCGGCACCCCGCGGCCCCCGGGGGCCGCUGGGCAGCAUCAGGCUCCGCGCUCGCCCUGCUCCUGCUCGUGCUGGGUGCUGCCAGAUGAAGGCGAGGCCCUGGUGGGGCUGAAUCCAGCCGGGGAGACCAAGGCUCCCGAAUCCCGGCCUCAGGAGUGUCCUAGGAGUUGCUCUGACGCCGUCUGA